CUAUCACACUCAUUAUGCCAUUGAAAAGCUUCAUCCGACGGAAACUACUCUCCCUGCUUCAGCCAUGGUUGAGAGAAGAGCCCGAACUCGACAUCCAGUUAGGGUUCCGUCGCUCCCUCGCCGUCGCCGAGAACAUUCGUUUUGACGUCUCUGUUCUCAACCGGCUGUUCGACUCCCCUUCUUGCCUCUUUAUCAAGGAGCUCACAAUCGAACACCUCACUCUCAGAUUCUCGCCCUGGCACUCCGCAGCCUUCGACAUCGAAGUUCGCGGCGUUCGCGUUGUGCUAGCUUUCGAGAUGCCGGAUGAGGAGGUAAGCGCCAGGAGGUUGCGUUUGUCGAAAUUUGAUUAUACGGAUUAUCUUAGAAAGCGCCUUGAGAUUCUUGAUCCUGAGGGAUGUUCUUUGCAUCAUGUUUUGGAGAGCAUAGUUUUUGCUGACCCUGAAAGGAAAGAUCUUACAUCAUCUUUCUUGAAUCUUAUUAUGAAGUCGUCUCACCUAGAGGCACAUGACAUCAACAUGGAGAUUCAGUUUCCUAUCUUUAAUGCCGAGUUUAUGUGUUUUGGGGAAGUAAAGAAUUUUAGUGCAAGAUCUGAUAAUCUUGAUCAGAAAUGUCUUUUUAGAGGUUUCCUUACUACAAUUUUGAUUCCAGUGAGAGAGGGCUCAUAUAUGUUAAAUUGCACUGGAUUGAGAGUCGGAUUUAUUGGUAAAAAUCAGCCUGACCGUGCUUUGCUUUCAUCUGAUGUGCACAUUUUCAUUACAUUAAGGGAUCUUCAGCUGGUUGAUUGCACUCUCUCUUUCCCAGAACUAGGCUUUUCAUUUACUCCAAAAGAUGUUUCUGUAUUUCUAGUUAUUCACAAAUUGCUAUCUGAUAAGCACAAUGAAGCUAGAAGUGCUAGAGAAUUAUGGAGAAUAGCUGCAAAUAAAAUUGGCCAUAUGACUAUAAUUCCUAUGUUAUCAUUGCAAAGAUUAGUUGGUAUUAUAGGUCAAUGGAAACAUUAUGUUGAUGCUUAUGAGAAUCUCUUGCUGCUAGUUGGAUAUUCUACUGGCCCAAUGUGGAAAAUGUCCAUUUCUAAAAUGUUUCAGAGAAAACAGGUUUUCAGUUCUGCUAGAAACAACUGGAAGGUUAUAUCUAACAUUGAGAAGAAGUUACCCGUUGAAGGCAUAUCACUAGCGAGGCGAAUAGCUCGUCAUAGAGCAGCAUUGGAAGUUCCCUCUGAUUGUCAUGAGGAAUGUUUGGCCACGAGUAAAUUUGUUUGCCCUUUUCUUUCUGUUUUGAUGCUUAUUUGGAAAGUGAUCUCAAAGAUAAUCUGUUGUUUCUUAAACAUAUUUGGGGAAAAGAUAGUGGAAGAUUCAGAUAUUGACGGAUGUUUGCGAAGCUCUAGUAAAGAUCUUUAUCAAAGGUGUUGUUUUGUGCUAAACUUUGGGAAAAUCAUAGUAAGAUUGUCCCAAAUUAAUGAAAUCCAACCUUCUGCAUAUGAAAAGUUGCAUGCACAUACUGGAAUAGCAUACUCAGAUUUCCUUCCAAUAUGUUUCUGUAUUGAUCAAUUUUUACUAGUAACCAUUAAAGAUAAUUUUGGACAGAGAGUCUUUGUGUCAUGUGGGCAAAUGAAGGUUGAACCUGCACCUUUGACAGUGUUUCCAGAAGCAAGUCCAAUGAAUAAGCUUAAUACAGAUGAAGAAAAUGGAGAGGAAGGCACCCAGGGAUCAAUUCUGUGGUGUGAACCUGCAAAAUCAUUUGUCCUGUCAGAAUCUAAUGUAGCCCAGGCUGAAGAUACUUGUGAUUCUCAUGUUCAUAGCUUUAUGGGAAAAUUGUCUGCUAGUUGGAAGGGAAUUUGUAGUAGUUUUAGUGAAAGUGAGAUUGAGUAUUCUGAAAAUCCAUGCCUUCUCUGUAAGUUUGAGACAUCUUCCGCAUAUCAAGACAAUAAGAAUCCCUGUUUUGGGUUUUGUGAAUUUGGUUUUAUGCUUGGAAAGAUAAAUUUAUUUUUGACUCACUUUUCAGUAUCAUCUGUGUCUCUACUUGUUAGUCAGAUACAACAUGUUUGCACGGCGGACAGGAAGGAAGCAUCCGAUGCUCCAAACUUAGUGCAUAAAGCAGAAAAUGUCUGGGUCGACACAUAUGAGUAUUAUGCCAAACAAAUGAUUAUUUACUUGCUUCAAAAACUACCACAGAAUCAUUUCCAUUUUGGAGCAUUUGUUGAUGGUCCAUUUGUAAGAUUUUCACUCAAAAGAGAGGCUGGUCUUGAUGGCCAAGACAUUGAUGACAUUGCCAGCCAUGAUAACUUUGACAUCAAUUUUGAUUUUCAUGAUAUUGAAGUGGCUGUUGGUUCACCUUCAUUAUUAGAUAUGUCACCAUUGACAGAUCCGUUUGGGCUUGAUGAUGCCAAAGCAGAGUAUAUUACAUUGGAACCUUGUGUGGUUGAUAUUCCAAAACCCGAUAAUGAUAAGUACGUAUCUUCAGGAAAGAUAUCAAUUGGUUCCUAUAUUCAUCAAAAUGGCUUAAAUGUUUAUUUGGAGGAGUUAGAAGACAAACAUCAGAUUCAACUUUUAGUGGUAAAACCAAUCAUUGUACAGAUAUUAUCAGUCAGGAAUUACAUUUACUCGUUGUGCACAACAAUGUCUGCCUUUUCAGCUUCUUGGGACAUAACGGCUGGAGGGUUCACUGUUUUCUCAUUUUUAGAUGAGGUGUAUAUGAUUUGUAAGGCUGUUGCACACUUGUCAUCUGUGGUAUCUUAUAUGUUUAGUAGCUCUGAAGAUGUUGAUUGCUGGCAUCCUGAAAUCUUGAAGCAAGAAGCAAUGUUUCCAGAACCUGAUAGCUGCGAGCCAACCAUAGAAGGAGCUUUACCGACAAAUAAUAUCUGUUCAUUUUUUAUUAAUGGAACCUGCAGAUUUGAGUCUAUGGAUAUCAUUCUUCAUAAUUCUAGAAGUUAUAACGGAGAUGGUCGUACUCCAGUGGUUAACUUUUUGACUGGAAACAAACUGGCUGUGCAGAAGUUGCCCGACUGUGGAAUUUGGAUUUCCAUUCAGCAGACCUCUGUUGUAGUUUCUGGUGAAGAAGAGAAGAUGGACAUCUUCACUGAUUUAGCAGAAAUCAUAUCUUUUCUUUUCACAUACCAGAACUCUAUUGGAAACAACAAUGAUCGAAUUGUAGCUGAAAAAUUGCUAUUGCAAUCUGUUGACUGCUUACAUGAAGUAUCUCUCUCUGGUUGCACAUUUACUUUGUGCUUGGGUCUUUUUCAAAAUACCUCAGUUGGUAGCUCAGAUGCUAAUGGUCAUACUGACUUGGUGCAAGGAAACAAUUUGACAGCCUCUGAAAGGUUAAUCACUGAAUCCCCUCAUUCAAUUACAGUGAUGGGCUCUCCUACAAUUUUCGGGACGACAGCUUCAGCAAGGCACUGUUUUCUAGUAAAUGCUUCAGUAACUAAUGUUGUCAUAGGAAGAUGCUCAACGAAAAGGGUUCUGGUUGAAGCACAUCAAUCGAAUAAGUUUAUGUGUAUGCUUUCUGUUGGUGGAGAGUUUCAGAUGGUUUCCUGGGAGAUCCAGGGUGGACUUAUUGCUCUUGAAACAUCAUCUUUGGCAAUGGCGAUUGAUAAUUAUACUUCCUAUCUGAAACAUAUCAGAAAUCUUACAUCUGAUGUGAUGCAACAUAAUAAAGCCAUCAAUCAGGCAGGGCAUGGCGAAGAGAGCUGUGAUGUUAAUGAUGAGAUUCAUCAAGAGAUUGUUUGCACAUCUCAACGGACUGAGAGUGAAUCUCCCAAUUCGUUUGACUUAUCAUUGUCUCACUUUGCUCUUGUUUUUGCACAUGAAAAUGAUUCCGGUGGGAUUAGAGAAAUCAUACUAGAGGUUGACAUCCAUUUGAAAUUUGAAUCAGCAACUACUGGGAAGAAACUAAAAGCUGAGCUUUCUCAUUUGUCUAUCCUUUCCCAAAUUACUCACGAGAAUUUGGAACAUGAAACUACAAUUCCUCAUUUUUCCUCUGUUAGAAUGAAAGAUUUUCCAUCUCAGCUUGCCUUUUCAGAGUUUCAGAACUCUGUUGAAUGUCAUGCUGUUAGCGAGGGAAGUAGUUCAAGAGGCCCUGUUCCAUUUCACCUGAGUCAUCAGAAUCAAAUUCUGAAAGAUUUAAGAGCUUCCAUGUCACUAGAGAGGCCAGCUGAUGGCUCAUUGCAUUUAUGUCGAUGUUGGUUUGGCAUUGGUUCUAUUUCAGGUUUUGACAUGACACUUUCUAUAUCCGAAAUUCAGACAAUUUUGUCAAUGGCCUCUUCAGUUUCUCUGCUAUCACUUCAAAAUACAAGAGCAUCAGAAAGAAACCAUUGGUCUACUAGCCAUAAUGCUGACAAUAGUUUGGAAGCAAUGAUUCCAGAUGGGGCUGUUGUUGCUAUUCAGGAUAUCAACCAGCACAUGUAUUUUACAGUUGAAGGUGAAGAAAAUUCUUUCAGUAUAGGUGGCGUCAUUCAUUACUCUCUUGUAGGAGAAAGAGCUCUUUUCAGGGUGAAACACCUAAUCCAAAGGAGAUGGAAGUCUACAAUUAUGUGGUUUUCCUUGAUAUCAUUGUUUGCAAAGAACGACAUGGGUGUGCCUUUGAGAUUGAAUUCUAGUCCAGGAUCAUGUUUUGUUGACAUCUCGUGUCCCAAUGAUGGAAGUUGUGCACUUUGGAGAGUUUUCCCUCCUGAGGGUGGAAGUUAUGAAGGAGUUACUGACUGGGGGGAGGCUUGCAAUCAACCAAUAAAGAGAAGCUGCUGCCUUGUAAACAAAAAGAAUAACUGUGCUAUUGCUUUUGUUGAUGGUGCUCCAGAGUUUGUCAUGAAGCCUGGAAAUCCAAUCAAGUUCAAAAUUUUUCAUGAUCUUUCAGUCGGUUAUGAUGCUUCAGAUACAGUUAGGUACCCUAGAAUGGCUCCACAAAGUCGUCCACAGACUGAUGAAGAAAGUAUUUUGUUGCAAGGAGGAAAACUUCCUCGUAUCGAUAUUAAUAUUGAGAAAAUUACUCUGCAUAUUGUUCAUGAACUUUCAGAUACAAAAGAUCUUUUCCCACUUAUAUGCUUGUUUAUCAACAAUACACAACUUAUUGUACAAAACUUAGCCACAAAAUCCCGGGUCAUAGGCACCUCAACUGCGGGUGUUCAGUAUUAUGAUGCUCUGAGAAAUCUAUGGGGAGAACUUCUUCAUCCUGUUGGAAUCUGUAUUUUUUACCGAUCUAAUAUUCAAACUACGCUUCCUGAAUAUGCAUCUCAUACAGUUCCUGCACAUUUCUUCUGUCGGGCCAAAGAGUUGGACAUAUCCCUAAGUGAGAAUUCAUUGGAUGUUUUGCUCUUCAUGAUUGGGAAACUAAAUCUGUCUGGUCCAUAUAUGCUGCAAAGCUCCAUUAUUCUGGCUAACUGCUGCAAGGUGGAGAAUCAGUCAGGAUUAAAUCUUCUUUUUCACUUCAAGAAGGAAACAGCAACAAUACCUAGAAAACAGUCUGCCUCAAUUUCAUUGAGGAGGCAUUCUGAUAUCAGAAGUGAGGACUCCGAUGCUGCAACUUCUGUUUCUAUUCAACUUGCUGAUUUUGGUUCAUUUGCAACUUCUUCAAUUCCCCUCUUACUUUCACAAACACAGAUAGCUUGGAGAACACGGAUUAGAUCAGCUGAAGGUUCACGAACUUUCCCUGGGCCAAUGAUUGUGAUUAAGAUUUCUAGAAAUGCAGAGGUUGGUUUGUCAGUUGUGGUUUCCCCUUUGAUUAGAAUACACAAUGAAACUGGAUUUCCUCUGGAACUUCAGUUCCAACGAGCUGAACCACAGGGAGAUGAGGUUGCAUCUGUGGUAUUAGAACCAGGGGAUUAUAUUGAUGAUUCUAUGGCAAUGUUCGAUGCCAUAAACUUCUCUGGUGGAGUAAAGAGGGCUUUAAUGUCUUUAAGUAUUGGUAACUUCUUAUUGUCAUUUAGACCCCGAAUGACCGAGGAACUCAAAAAAUUUGAACGAUCUCUUUCUUUGGAAUGGUCAACUUAUGUUAAAGGUGGAAAAGCUGUUCGUUUAUCUGGAAUAUUUGAAAAGUUAAACUACAGAGUUCGCAAGGCAUUAUUUUCAAAAUCAGACAAGUGUUCCUUCAGCACAGCACAUUGCAUCCUUAUGUCUGAAGGUGAAAGAGUUGCCAAUAUGCAUUUUCUCAUCCAGACAAUUUCAAGAGAUAUUCCUGUUGCAUCACCUGAAAAGUCUGCAGCUCUGUUAAAGAAAGAGAGUUUGCCAGUUUCAUUGCAAGAACAGAAGGAAAUAUAUCUCCUUCCUACUGUACGAAUGACCAACUUAUUGCACUCUGAAAUAGAUGUUAUUUUAAGUGAAACAGAUCAGUUAAGUACUGUUGGCUAUGACAGUAUUGGAAAGCAGGCGACAAUAGCAUAUGGUUCAACAGCUGUCUUUUAUGCCAAUCCAGAUGUUAUAUACUUCACAGUGACUUUAACUGGUUCCAAUUCAAGUUCCAAGCUGCUAAAUACUGGGGAAUGUGUAAAGAAGUUACUAAAGAAGAACAGAGAUGUCCAACAUGUAGAUCUGAAUUUGGACUUCGAUGGAGGAAAGUUUUGUGCAACCUUGAGACUAUACCGUGGGAGCACGGGCAUGCUGGAGGUUGUAGUUUUCACAUCCUAUUCCAUGAAGAAUAAUACAGACUUAGAAAUUUAUGUUCUUGCUACCAAAAGGUGGCCUCUAUCAAGAAUUGAAUUAGACAAUUUAAAAUCUCACAUUCCUUCAGAGUUAGGCUUAUGCUUGCCUCCAAGAACAACUAGAUCCUGGUUCUUAAAACCCAAAAGCGUUCAGCUUAAAUUGCUGGAGGACAACACAGCUGAGGCACUGCUAGACUUGGAUUCAUUAUCAGGCCUUACGGAAAUAAGCUUUAAGAAAGAAGAAGGAUCUGGUGUCAAAUCUGUAACAAAACUUGGCAUGUCUAUAGGUCCUUCAGGAGAAUUUUGUGUUCCAUCACAAAUGGUGACAAUUGUUCCACGAUAUGUUAUUUGUAAUGAAUCAGAAGCAUCUAUCACUGUUCGUCAAUGCUAUUUUCAGGAUGAGAUGGCGGGUGUAAUCUCCAUUGGAAGCAAACAGCGAAUGCCACUACAGCUGAAAGAAGGAUUUAGCAAGACAAGAGAGUUCAGUGUAUUUGAGCAUUUUAUCAGAAAGCACCGAUCCCCUAGUGACAAUUCUUUGUUAUAUAUUCAGUUUGAAACCGAUGAGCCUGGAUUGGGAUGGUCAGGUCCAGUGUGUAUAGCCUCACUAGGACAUUUUUUCCUGAAAUUCAGAAAACAAACAAAGGAAAUUGGAAUAUCAGAUAGCAAAAUGACAGAAUUUGCAGCUGUUCAUGUUGUUGAAGAAAGUUCUACUCUUAUUUUGAGUUUCUAUAAGCCCCCCAAUAUAAGUCUGCCUUACCGAAUUGAGAAUUCUCUGCAUAAUCUAUCAAUAACUUACUACCAAAAGGGUUUAUUAGAGCCAGAGGUUCUUGGACCAGGAUCAAAUGCAGAUUAUGCCUGGGAUGAUCUGACUCUUCCACAUAGGCUGGUUGUUCGCAUCAAUGGUAGCCUACAAUUACAGGAGAUUAAAUUGGACAAGGUGCGAGCAUGGAAACCAUUUUACAAACUUGGUAAACAAAGAGCUUUGUCUACACAUUUGGUUUUAGACAAAAGGCCAGGCGAUCAUGCCAUGGAGAUGGAAAAAGUGGGGUAUGAAAUUUAUGCAGAAGGGCCAACCAGAGUUUUGCGAAUUUGUGAGAUCUCUAAUAGUUUCAGGGGAGAUAAUGUUCUCAAUUUAUGUGCAAAAGUUCAAGUUAGAGUUUCUCAGUUUGCAGUUCACCUGCUUGAACAUGUGAAACAGGAGGGUGAUGAGAAUGAGCUGCAAGAUUUUACACCAUUUUCAGUAGUGAAGCUUGGGAAUCUGCACAUGUUUAUGGUUUCUAAUAAUGAUCAGGUGUAUAAUCAGUUCACUGUACAGGACGUGAAUUUUGAGCUUAAGUGGAAUGGAGCUCCUUUCGCAUCAAUGCUCCGCAGACAUCAGUUAGAUUACAGUGGCUCAAGUGAUAGUGUGCUGAAGAUUGUUUUUAUUCUACUUAACUCUAGUUCCAAUCUUAAGCAAUUUAGGUAUUCAUCAAUUUUUCUUCAGCCAAUUGAUUUGAAUCUUGAUGAAGAGACAUUAAUGAAAAUUGCAUCAUUUUGGAGAACUUCUCUUAGUGACUCAGAGAGUCAAAGGUUUUACUUUGAUCAUUUUGAAAUCCAUCCAAUAAAGAUCAUUGCAAACUUUAUUCCCGGGGAAUUGAAUUCGAGUUAUAGCUCUACACAGGAGGCUUUGCGGUCCUUAAUUCAUAGUGUUGUUAAGGUGCCUCCCAUAAAAAAUAUGGUUGUAGAACUAAAUGGAGUCCUUAUUACCCAUGCUUUGAUAACAGUGCGUGAAUUAUUUUUUAAAUGCGCACAACAUUACUCAUGGUACGCAAUGAGGGCUAUAUAUCUCGCUAAAGGAAGCCCCUUACUUCCGCCUGAUUUUGUUUCUAUUUUUGAUGACCUAGCUUCAUCAUCUCUUGAUGUCUUCUUUGAUCCGUCCCGCGGUUUCGCAAAUCUUCCCGCAUUCACUUCAGGUACUUUCAAAUUAAUAAGUAAAUGUAUCAAAGGUGAAGGAUUUUCAGGGACAAAACGAUACUUUGGUGAUCUAGGGAAAACUUUAAGAUCAGCAGGUUCAAAUAUAGCCUUUGCAGCUGUAGCUGAGAUAUCAGACUCUGUUCUGAAAGGUGCAGAAGCAAAUGGUUUCAAUGGAUUGGUGAGUGGCUUUCACCAAGGAAUUCUAAAAUUGGCUAUGGAGCCAUCAGUUCUUGGAACAGCAUUGAUGGAAGGUGGACCAGAUAGAACUAUAUUACUUGAUAGAAGUCCAGGAGUCGAUGAGUUAUACAUUGAAGGAUAUAUCCAAGCCAUGCUGGAUACGGUUUAUAGACAAGAAUACCUGAGAGUUCGAGUUAUUGACAAUCAGGUUAUCCUGAAAAAUCUCCCACCGAAUCAUACUCUUAUAUGUGAGAUCAUGGAUCGUGUUAAGGAGUUUCUGGUGAGUAAAGCAUUGCUAAAAGGAGAUCCCUCAAGUAUGGGUCUCCCUUUACGCCGCCUUCGAGGAGAAAGUGAAUGGAGAAUUGGACCGACAGUUCUGACAUUGUGCGAACAUCUUUUUGUUAGCUUUGCUAUACGUAUGCUACGGAAGCAAGCAAACAAAUUUGUAAUCAAGAUAAAGUGGGGAAAGCAAUCGGAGGUCGACAGUCAUAAGGAUGCUCCUGCUGAGUCUAAUAAAAUGGGGCAGAAAUUGGGUUUCAUUCGAAAAUGGGAUUGCCAAAUUUGUCUUGUCUGCCCUGUUGGCAUAUGUUGAUGGACGUCUAUGUCGUAGUAUUCCCAAUCCUGUUGCCCGUAGAGUAGUUAGUGGCUUUUUGUUGAGUUAUAUUGACAAAGAUGAUGAUGAAUAAAAUCUGUAGUAGUUGUUCCUUCCAUUUAAGAGAAACAGGUAGUGGCGCCGUGGCGGGUGAAAUGCUGUUUGUGCCUCAGCAUUUGGACUCAGCAUCUUAUGUUUCCGUAUGAAGCUCAUAUUAUAUGAUUUGUAUAUAUUUUUGCAUUCAGAUCCAACCAAGCGGUAUGUUUUACGUGCAUGUAGAUGGCUUUUGAGCCCCGUGUGGUCUGUGGUGUGUAUUAUACAUCUGGACUUUGUGAGAAAACCAGAAGGGUGACGCAGUGCACUCCAAGGCUUGGUUGAAUUGUUUGUGUGCCACCGUGGCUCUGUAGGUAUUGCUAAGAUGAUAACUUGGGAGUUAUAGCACUUUGUUCCUAUACUUCUGGUCUUCAAAGUCUUGUAUAUAUGUUCAUGGUAGCAUUUUAAAGAGUCGUUCAAAACCUUUUCU